AUGUGCAGACUAGGUGCGCUAGGAUAUCUAGCCGAGCAUAUUGAGCCGCCAGACCCAGAUCUACUAGCAGCGGCACGCUACCUAUGCAUCUACUGGAUCGAUCACUUCUGUGACGGGAAUCCUAGCUCUUCUGCAGAGGAUAAAAUUAAUCUGCAGGCAAUAGAGAACUACCCUCUUCAGGCCGAAGACCCAAAAUGGAUUGCAAUACAGCCAGCUAUGGACGAUACAUGGAGCGCGUGCCUCUCGACGCUCGAGGGCCAUAGCAGGGCCGUCACCUCAGCCGCCUUCUCGCCCGACUCGACACGGCUGGCGUCUGGCUCAGACGUUGGCAAAGUCAAUCAAGGCAUAGGCAUAAGUUCGGAUCGUAUGUGGAUAACCUACAAUUCGGAGAACAUCUUAUGGCUACCAUCAGAAUAUCGGCAGUCAUGUGUUACAGUAUCUAAGAAUAUGAUUGGUAUUGGUACUAGCCAUGGAAGGGUUUGGAUAUGUAAUGUUGAGGGGCCGGGGAUCAGCACGAAUAUAGAGCUUGCAAAUUUGCCACAUCGAACCUUCGAGUACACCCAAGAUCAACUGACCAAGAUUAUUUGCCACUUGAGAUGGACGAUCGCCUUGGAUACAAGGGAGAGGCCUGAGCGGGCUGGAAAUACGAGACGCAUCUGA